AUGGGUCUUGCGUACAACGUCUAUCUCACUUCCAACAAAAUAUUCGGGUGCAAGAAAUGCAAAACGCACCUUGCCGAUUACAAUGAUAUCAUCAGUCGGAAUUUCCGUGGCCAACAUGGCAAGGCGUACUUGUUCAACACCGUUGUCAAUGUAACCCACUCCGAGGCUGUGGAGCGUAACAUGACCACCGGAAGGCAUAUCGUCCGAGACAUAUUCUGCAGGCAAUGCGCCGAACUAGUAGGGUGGAAGUACGACAAAGCAUACGAGGCGAGUGAGAAAUACAAGGAAGGAAAGUUCAUUUUGGAGGAAGAAUUGUUAUGUGUGGUGUGUUGA